AGCUUUAUGGUCCCUGAGAACCAAGGGUGCUCCCUGGUGCUGCAUCUCAGAGUUCUGUCGCCCCUCUCCACAUGGCCACAGAACAGGCGAAGGGGCAGCAUGGCCCAGACCCCCAGAAGCCUCCUGUGGAGGCUGUGGCUUCCGGGAGCGGUGCUGAGGGCCUGCCCUUGACCAGGAGGAGGAGCAAGAAGGACAGGGGACUCCGAGGGUCCCGGAAGGGUGCUGGUGGCUCCGAGGAGCAGACCCCCAUCCCUGGCCCCGAGGCCCCAGGGAGCAGCAAGAGCCUCUCUGGGAGUGGAGAAGGGCAGGAGGGGACAGGCCCUGCAGCCCCCAGGCCAGCCGGUCGUCGCCAGUCUCACCGACACCGCCCUGGCACCCAGCACGAUGCUGCCCAGAAGACAUACGGGCCCCUGCUCAACCGCAUCUUCGGGAAGGACCGCGAGCUGGGCCCCGAGGAGCUGGAUGAGCUUCAGGCCGCCUUUGAAGAGUUUGACACUGACCAUGACGGCUACAUCGGCUACCGGGAGCUGGGCACCUGCAUGCGGACGCUGGGCUACAUGCCCACUGAGAUGGAACUCAUCGAGGUCUCCCAGCACGUCAAGAUGCGAAUGGGUGGCCGCGUGGACUUCGAGGAGUUUGUGGAAUUGAUGGGCCCAAAGCUGAGGGAGGAGACAGCACACAUGUUGGGGGUGCGGGAGCUGCGCAUCGCCUUCCGAGAGUUUGACAGGGACAGAGAUGGACGAAUUACAGUGGCAGAGCUGCGGCAGGCAGCACCUGCUCUGCUGGGGGAGCCGCUGGCGGGUCCUGAGCUGGACGAGAUGCUCCGAGAAGUGGACCUCAACGGGGAUGGCACCGUAGACUUUGACGAGUUUGUGAUGAUGCUUUUCACCCACUGAAGUUCUAGAAGGGAGAAUGCGUUACCCCGCUGGCCCCAGGCCAGCAGGGUUCAUGCCGUACGCCCUCCCCCUGAGGCCUCAGAAUGGAAGACCACCCAGCAGCCCUCAGGCUUCUUCGGUCCUUGACAACACCUGGCUGGAGAGCUGGCUCGAUGUCACCCACCCCCCUUCAUUCUCACCUUCCUCCCACCUGAGCUGCCCGGAGGGAACCUGCACUCCGCCGUCCAUCAUUCUCCAGGGUGAGCAAGAUUUGGAUCUCUCCACACCCUCGGUGGGUAGCAAGCUCCCUGGCACCGCAGUAUCAAAGACAGGGGCGGGGCGUGGAGUUGGGGGGAUUCUGGAAACAUGGUGAAUUGAGAGCGUGGCUGGAUGCCUCCCACUACCCGUGUAAAAAUGUUAAAAAGACAAAAACUGAACUUGAAAGAAAGCCAGGGAUGACCCCAGUACUAAAGACAAAGCAAGAACUCAGAGCCGGGUGGCAGGAGAGAGGGGACAGCAUGGGGGCUUCAGAUGUGGAGAGAGGUUCAGAAGCCUGGGCUCUGACACCCACGGAUGACAGAAGACCUGUAAGAGGCUGGGGAACAGGACAGGAGCCUGAGCACCUUCCCGGGUCUCAGAGGGCUACCCUGUUCUUGAAAAGGGGACCAAAAGAUACCUCCAUCUACCAGCGUGAGAAAGUAGCAAGGGUACGGACGUCUAGGGCCUUGAGUGGACAAAGCUACCCUAAGGAACCCGGGACUCAGGCUGGCACAUGAGGCAGGAGUGUGGUCUAUCUCCACGGUACGGGAAGCUGAAGAAAUAGGGAGAAGAUACCGGAAGAGCACUCCUCAACCCAGAGCACAUGGGACUUAACAAACAACAGCCCUGUCACUUCUGAAGAUGAACUCAUGACAAAGAAUCACAGAUCACAUGGGAAAACAAGUCCCCGUGAGGGAGACGAGGCAGAUGCAACAAACAGGAAAAUCAGCACCCCCAAGCGUAAGUAACAGAAAAAUCCGAAAGAGACCACAAAGUCAAUGCAAACAGAAAUGAUAUAAAAGAAGGGAGAGAGGCCAAUAGGUAGUAACGGGAUGGUAGGAAACAGAAUAGGAAGAUUAAUAAGAAUAAAAGCAUUUCUGAAAAUAAAGGAGAUAGCCAUUGGAAUAAAAAAAAAAUCAACGGGUUGGUUAAACAGCAGAUUAGACACCAUCUGAGAGAAGAUUAGUGAACGGGAAGCUACAUCUGAGGAAUCACCUAUAAGGUAGCCCUGAGGGAUAAACAGGUGGCAAAUAUUAAAGACUAGUUAAAAAUCAUCAGGAGUCUCAGGAGAAAAUACAAAGAAUGGACACGAGGCAACCCUCAAAGAUGUGACGGCUGAAACCCUUCCAUAAAGACUUCCACAAAGACAAAUGCCCAGAUGGAAGGAACACAGUGGAGCCUCAGAAGGAUGAACAGAAACAAAUAUAUAUCUAGAUGCAUUCCAGCAGAACUCAGAACACAGAAGAAAACCUUAUACACAAUUCAACUGGAGACAAAAGUCAGAUUACUUACCGAGGAGCAGAAAUUAGGCCCUACGAAGGCUUCUUCUUCUUCUUUUUUUUUUUUUUUAAUGUUUUAUUAUUUAUUUCUGAGAGAGAGAGAGAGAGAGA